GCAGCUAUAGGGAGAUUGAUUAGGGUUCGCCACAUUUAAAUAAAUUAUUCUUCGAUAGGGUUUUGUUAAUUUUCCCUGCGGACUCUUACCUUUUUUUUUUUCUUCGGUAUAGGUGAUAGAAAGCAUGAUGCAAUCUGUGUAGAAUCUUGAGCUAGGACUCGAACCUAGGACCUUCCAUACGCUGCUGGAGUGCUCUACCACUGAGCUACUGGUCCCUCUUGGACCAGUCCAUCAUCAGUCUGGGUGUGGCUUAUUUCCAACACCAACACCCCCCCUUAAGCCACACCUCUCGUGUGCUUGGGGCUUCUAGCCUGGACCUGGCUUUGAUACCAUGUUGAGACAUGGACCAGCUAGGACUCGAACCUAGGACCUUCCAUACGCUGCUGGAGUGCUCUACCACUGAGCUACUGGCCCCUCUUGGACCAAUCCAUCAUCAGUCCAGAGGAGAUAACUUGGAUUGUUUGAGAGAUAGCGAAUCAACUCAGCAAAGAUGAAGUUCAACAUAGCAAAUCCCACCACUGGAUGCCAGAAGAAGCUGGAAAUUGACGAUGACCAAAAGCUGCGUGCCUUUUUUGACAAGAGGCUUUCACAGGAGGUCAUCGGUGAUUCGCUGGGAGAUGAGUUCAAGGGUUACAUCUUCAAGAUUAUGGGAGGCUGUGAUAAGCAGGGUUUCCCAAUGAAACAGGGGGUUCUUACUCCAGGCCGUGUCCGGCUCCUCAUGCACCGAGGCACCCCCUGCUUUCGUGGAUAUGGAAGGCGUGAUGGAGAACGCAGGCGUAAAUCUGUUCGAGGCUGCAUUGUCAGUCCUGACCUUUCUGUCUUGAAUUUGGUUAUCGUGAAAAAGGGAGAAAAUGAUCUUCCUGGUCUCACUGAUACCGAGAAGCCAAGGAUGCGAGGGCCCAAGAGGGCUUCAAAGAUUAGAAAAUUGUUCAAUCUUUCCAAGGAGGAUGACGUCAGAAAGUAUGUUAAUACAUACCGUCGGACUUUUACAUCUAAAUCAGGUAAGAAACGGAGCAAGGCUCCAAAGAUUCAGAGGCUUGUAACACCAUUGACUUUGCAAAGGAAGCGCCGAAGAAUAGCUGAGAAGAAAAAGCGAAUUGUCAAGGCGAAGUCUGAGGCAGCUGAAUAUCAAAAGCUGCUCGCUUCAAGGUUAAAAGAACAACGUGAACGCCGAAGUGAGAGCUUGGCCAAGAAGAGAGCAGCAUCAUCCCGCCUUUCUGCCGGAUCUAAACCAUCAAUUGCUGUGUAAUUUUUUUUUUUUUUUUUUUAAAUGUUGUUGAGGCUAUUAUUAUAAUAGGCAUUGUAGACUAAGUGCAAUGGCAAAUUGAGGACAGAGGCAAGCAGUAGUACUUGGUUGUUGGCUACAAUUUGUUUUGGUAUGAUGAUGAAAGCUGUGUUGAGAGUAUUUAUAUAUUUUAUAGAAAAUUUUCCCAUGGAAAAUACAUUUUUUUGCA